CUACCCACUCCAGUAUUCUGGCCUGGAGAAUUCCAUCGACUUAUAGUCCAUGGGGUUGCAAAGAGUCGGACACAAUUGAGCGAGUUUUGCUUUCACUUUUCACUUUCAACCAUUGUUACUAUCUGUAAAUAAAUUGAGGUACUCCCAGGAAACAUGUAGGAUAGUCUGAGGCAGACAAAAUGGGUUAGAAUCUGGCUUUCGCUGGAUGCCUGAUAGAGUCUAAGUUACAUGCAGUGAGAGAUGAGGAACAUCCUGAACAGAACACAUGGAGUUGACUGGAGGCUUGUAAGAAUUCUUAGGUCCCACACUUUGGGACAAAGAAAAUAGGCUGAGAAACUCAUGUGCCAAGGAGGGCAUGUCUUCCAGUGCCACCUGAGAUGUACUCGAGGAGGAUAAUGAAAAAGGGGAUAACUCCUGGAGAGUGAAGACAUAAGCCACAGUGAACAAAGAUUUGGGAAGUUCCCCACCCUCAAGGAGCUGUGGGUGCAUGCUCAGUCGCUUCAGUCAUAUCGGACUCUUUGCAACCCCUUGGACUGUAGCCCGCCAGGCUCCUCUGUCCAUGGGAUCCUUCAGGCAAGAAUACUGGAGUGGGUUGCCAUGUCCUCCUUCAGGGGAUCUUCCCCACCCAGGGAUCAAACUGAUGUCUCCUGCAUUUCAGACAGAUUCUUUACUGCUGAGCCAUCAGGGAAGCCCCUCAAGGAACUGAUUUGGUGCUAAUUAAGGAACCCUCCCAAUUUACGAAACAGGAAACCAGUGAUUUCUCAAUUAUGCAUUUUGACCCAUUCCAUCAUUGUCUAUUGAGUGAGUAGGUGAAGGAUAAAUAAUUUGACUUUUUAGUUCACUUGUUCUGACAUAGGUUCACUCAUGUUUCCUGCCCAGCUUUUGUGGUCAUUUUAGUUUUUGACCCUAAGGUAUUUGAUGAUGUGAACUGAAUUAGAGUCCUGGAAGUGCAGUGGGUCAGGGUCCAUUCCACUGCCCAGGGAUGAUGCCUGAGUUCUGUGGGUGACUUCACAAUGUCGCCGUGGUUCCCAGCUUCCUUCUGUAGUCUGUAUGUAGAUAGCCAUGCUGACCACCUUGUGGCUGCUUAGCCUUUUUCUCCCUAUUCUGUGUGCCCAGCUAUUAGUCACCUGUGCCUAUAAGAGUCUCUGCCAGCAGGCCCUGCUCUCAGGCAAUGAUGUUGUCCUGCAGUGUGACCAUCUCAAGGCAUCCUGGUACUUUUCCUCCUUUCAGGGGGAAGAUCCCUUUUUGGUCUCCUCACUGCCUAACAUAAAGAAACUGCCUGGGGGCAGCCUCCAACUGAACAAACCUCAGCCCUCCCAGACAGGCCUCUAUCGCUGUGAGGACAGUAACACAGCCCUUGUGGUAGAAUAUGAGAUAGACUUCCAAGAUGUCACCACGCUACAUAUUACCCACAAAGGACUAGGCCAAAACCAUCUGCAGAAUCAGAGCCUGAGUUUGGGUAGACAGGAGAUCAUCUUCACCCACUGGGAGCCCUGGCAGGACUGUAACCGCUGUGGGGUGCCAGGUGAACGCAAACGCCUGGGGUACUGCUACAUCCAAGAGUCCCUGGAAAACCCGAUGCCCUGCUGGCUCUAUCUGGGAGAUGUGAGGCUGUGGUCCAGCCGCUUGAGGCCUGAGAUGCAGGUGGAUGCCUGCCUUGUACCCUGCAACCAGAGUAAGGAGAUCAUCCAGCCGUUCUUCACCUUUGACAUUUCCAAGUUGGGCCAGUCAACCAACAACAUGCAGCUCACCUGCCCCUUGGCGUCCAUCUACAGGUGACUGGACCCAGGCGUCAGCCCUGCCUUUGACCCCCACCCAGGCUUUGUUUCCUGUGUUCACCUCGGCCAGGGGUUACACUCCAGUAGAAAAGCAGGGUCUGUCUUCCAUCCCAUAAGCCUUCAAGGUCAAUUUGUGCAGGAAGGGAUCUCUUCACUGGCUUGUUCAGAUGUUCAUUCAUCAAGAAUCCCCAACUGUGACUUCUGAGCCACAUCCUAGGCAGGUGAUGUUGGGGACACAGUGGUGACCAACAAAGACCUAAUCCCUGCCCUCAUAGGCACCUGUUAUUCAUGGGUAGACCAAAUACGAAACCUAGAAACCAAGACAUUCUGGCCCAUGCUCAUGCCAACAUAGACUUUACUGUGAUUUCUAUCUCCUCACUAGACUCUGACUGAUACAAUUUGUCUAUCCAUCCUCGUACCAAUGCUACAGUAACUUAAUUAUUAUACCUUUAUAAUAAGCCAUGAUAUCAGUAGUAUAGAUUUUUCAGCUUUGUUCUUCAAGAUUGUCUUGGUUAUUCUUGACUUUUUAUUAAAAAAAAAAAUUGAAAUCAGCUUGUGGUUUCCAUCCAAAAGACUUCUUUUUUUUUUUUUUAAUUGGCACAUCAUUGAAU